UCUGACGCACGGGGGUUGUCCCGGCGUGCACUGCGUUAGAAAGGCGGAAGAGUUGAAAUUGAAGGGGGGGAAAGAAAAAUUGUUGGGUUUGGACGUUCGGAGUUGGCUGUCGGUUUACACUUUAGCAAAAUUUGUUUAUGGAGUUUUAUUUUAUUCGGUUUCGUUUAUAGCUCGUGACGUGAAGGAGUACAGUGAUGAGUAAGCGCAAGGUAAAGGACCAGCAACUGACAGUGGGACAAUGUGUCUGCCAGGUUGGUUUGUGUCACAUUAGGAUUAGAGUUCACAGGAUCCUAAGGGAGCGAUUCUGCUUCCAGAAGCUUCCCUCAGCACCGGUGGGGUUAGAAUCGCAGCACAAGCAUCUGCUGGAGCUGUUGAAGAGGACAGCCAUCCAUGGGGAGAGUAACUCGGUUCUCAUUGUAGGACCUAGGGGAGCUGGGAAGACGAUGCUACUGAAAUCUGUUCUGAAUGAGCUUCUGGAUGUGAAAGAAGUUAAGAGCAACAUCCUACUGGUCCAACUCAAUGGUCUGCUGCAGACUGAUGACAGAAUCGCCCUGAAGGAGAUCACUCGUCAGCUGAACCUCGAAAAUGUUGUCGGGGACAAAGUUUUUGGCAGCUUUGCUGAGAACCUUGCUUUUCUGCUGGAAGCCUUGAAGAAAGGGGAUCGUAGCUCCAGUCGGCCGGUGCUCUUCACCCUGGACGAAUUCGACCUCUUUACUCACCACAAGAACCAGACGCUGCUCUACAACUUGUUUGACAUCUCACAGUCGGCUCAGACACCCGUGGCUGUUGUGGGCCUCACGUGCCGAGUGGAUGUCCUGGAGCUCCUGGAGAAAAGGGUGAAGUCGCGCUUCUCCCACCGGCAGAUCCAGGCGCUCAGCCCCAUGGACUUUCCCCAGUACGUGGAGCUGGUGCAGCAGCAGCUGAGUCUUCCACAGGAGUUCCCCGACGGCCGCUUCGCCCACGAGUGGAACAAUAGCGUGAAGGCGUUGUGCGAAGACAAAUCAGUGGAGGACGUUCUGAGGAAACACUUUAACUUGAGCAAAGACUUCCGAUCGCUGCACAUGCUGCUUUUCCUGGCACUGAGCUGCGUGACCCCGUCAAACCCAACCAUUAAGCCCAGUCUCUUACUGGAGGCCAGCAGACUCUGCACUAUGGACUGCAAGGCCAACAUGUUGCACGGUCUGUCCAUUCUCGAACUGUGCCUCAUCAUCGCCAUGAAGCACUUGAACGAUCACUACCAGGAUGAGCCAUUCAACUUUGAGAUGGUUUACAACGAGUUCAAGAAAUUCCUACAGAGAAAGUCUCAUUCGGUGCACAGUUUUGAGAAACCAGUUGUGAUUAAGGCCUUUGAGCACCUGCAGCAGCUGGAGCUCAUCAGGCCUGUGGACGGGUCGGCUUCGAGGACCCAGAAGGAAUACCAGCUCAUGAAGCUACUCUUGGAUCACACCCAGGUCAUGGAGGCGCUACAGCGCUACCCACAAUGCCCCACUGAUGUAAAGCAAUGGGCCACAUCUGCCUUUGGGUGAACAGGGAUGUUGAGUUGGUCUGAUUGAAGGUCAACAUCAGCGAUGGAGCAGGCUCAAUUUUUCAAAAUUGGCAUAUGCGUUUUUGGAGAACUUAUUUUGGUACAGGUGUAAUUAAAGUAGUACCAGCUAUUCAACUAGUGGUCUGUUCCUGGCCAGAGUUCACUGGACACUUAAGGGCUUACCGUUUUAUACAGCUAGAGAAUUGUUAUUGCAUCAAUGAAAUAUCUUAGAACCAGAGCAGCACUGGGGAUUCCAACAUAGGACCUUUUGAUUACAAGGUUACUGCUGUAACUAUAACUGGGCAGCAGGGGCUACAUGCAGAUUAUAUGCAGCACAACAACUGUGUGUGUGUGUUCGCACAGAUGUGGACUGAUUGCAGUGUCACACAGACACGGAAAGUAGAGAGCAGGGGUCAGUCAGUCACUAUAGUUUAUUUUUAGGGGGAGAAGCAUACAGUUUGUACAAUAUUCAAUAACAAGCACUUCCAGCCAGGCCUCCAGAACCGUUCAACAGUAGGUUGGCAGG